AGCCCUGCUGUUAAACUCCAACCAGCAGUUCCAGCAUGACUGUGACUUUUGUUCCACUUUCCUGGAUUAAAAACAGCCCUGAAUAUCAGUGACCUCAGGAUCAAAGUCCUGCAGAAGUCCUGCAGAAGCUCCAGAUCUUUAUUCCAGCUCCAUUCAGCUGAACUAGCUCCACUGUCUGAGCUGUAUUGAUCAGCUAUGGCUCAAUAUGCAAGAACUAAGGGAUCGAUCGCAUUGAUCACUCUCACUAACCCACCUGUGAACGCCCUCAGCUCUGCAGUGAGGAAGGGCAUCACUGAGACUGUUUCCAGAGCGCUCAACGACACACAGGUGAAGGCUGUGGUGCUGUGUGGGGAAAAUGGACAAUUCUGUGGAGGAGCAGAUAUUAAGGAGUUUGCUAAGCCCAUGUCUGGACCGGCGCUGGUGCCCAUGAUCCACGCUAUAGAGGCGGGGGAGAAGCCGGUGGUGGCGGCUAUAGAGGGCAUAGCGCUCGGAGGGGGGCUGGAGCUGGCACUGGGCUGCCAUUACCGUGUGGCUCACGCCAAGGCUCGUAUGGGUCUUCCUGAGGUCACUCUGGGUUUGCUCCCGGCUGCUGGAGGAACACAGCGUUUACCCCGACUCACCGGAAUCCCUACAGCCCUGGAGCUCAUUACUACAGGUCGCCAUAUUACUGCUCAGGAGGCGCUCAAACUCGGCAUCGUGGACAAGGUCACAGACGGCAACGUUGUUGACGCAGCUAUGGAGAUGGCGCUAAGUGUUAUAGGUCGCCCCCUGUCCCCCCGCAGGCUGAGUACCCUCUCCACCCCUCCCCUGGCGAAUCUGGAUGGUGUUUUCGAGGCGGCGAUGGCGCAGGUGAAGCGGCGCUCUCGCGGCGCGAUGGCUCCGGUGGCGUGUGUGAAGGCGGUGAGGGCGGCAGCCGAGCUGCCCUACAGUCAGGGCAUGAAGCGCGAGCUGGAGCUGAUGGGCACCCUGAUGAGCUCCGGCCAGGCUAAAGCACUGCAGUACUGCUUCUUCGCCCAGAGGGCUGUUGGGAAAUGGAGUCUUCCUAACGGAGCGCAGUGGAACAACAGCAGGCCCAGAGAUAUACGCACAGCCGGGGUCAUAGGUUUGGGCACUAUGGGAAGGGGAAUCGUGGUGUCUCUGGUGAAGGCGGGGAUCUCGGUGGUGGCGGUGGAGAUGGAGGAGAAGCAGCUGGAUCUGGGCAGGAAGGAGGUGACGGGGAUUCUGGAGCGAGACGCUAAGAGACGGGGGGUCACGGCUCCCCUGCACCUGAUCUCCUUCGCCCUGUCCCUGCAGUCUCUGAGGGGGGUGGACCUGGUGAUCGAGGCAGUGUUUGAGGACAUGGAGCUGAAGAAGAGAGUUUUUGCAGAUUUGAGUCGAGUCUGUAAUCAGAACACGAUGCUCUGCACCAACACCUCCGGGCUGGACGUGGACCAGAUCGCCUCGGUGACUGACCGACCCCCGCUGGUGGUGGGGAUGCAUUUCUUCGCCCCGGCUCACGUCAUGAAGCUGCUGGAGGUCGUCUGUGGACCCCGAUCUUCAGCUGAAGCUGUAGCUACUGCUAUGAGCUUGGGGAAGAGGAUGGGGAAGGUGAGUGUCGCUGUGGGAAACUGCCCAGGGUUUGUGGGUAACCGCAUGCUGAAGUCGUACAUGGACGAGUCUGUCUUCCUGCUGGAAGAGGGCGCCUCACCUGAGCAGGUGGAUCAGGCACUGGAGGAGUUCGGCUUCGCUCUGGGAAUCUUUAAAGUUGGGGAUCUGUCCGGGCUGGACGUUGGAUGGAGGGUCCGGAAAUCCUCUGGACUGAUCGGACCUGACGUCAACCCCACGUUCCCCUCACGUGUUCGCCAGGGCCGCAGGUACUGUCCUCUCCCUGACCUGCUGUGUGAGCAGGGUCGUUGGGGUCAGAAGACGGGGCGGGGGUGGUACCUGUACGACUCGGCCGGGGGUAGAGUGGCGAGGCCUGACCCGGAAAUCCAGCGCUUCCUGCAGGACUACCGGCUCCGCUACGGGAUCCCGUCCCGCCGGAUCAGCGAGCAGGAGGUGGUGGAGCGCUGCGUCUUCGCUCUGGCUAACGAGGGCUUCCGGGUGCUGGAGGACGGCAUGGCGGCAGGGCCCGAAGACAUCGACAUGGUGUACGUGUUCGGUUACGGCUGGCCCCGGCACCGCGGGGGGCCCAUGUUCCACGCCGCUCAGGUGGGCUUACCCAGAGUCCUGCAGAGGCUGGAGUUCUACUACAGAGAGAACCCCGACAUCCCCCACCUGCAGCCCAGUACCCUGCUGAGGAGACUGGUGGGGGCAGGAAGCCCCCCCAUACAGCAGUGGAAACAGUACAUCCGCAGCACACACAGCCAGCUGUAAUAUACACGCCAUACAUAUAACCACAACACAACAGCAGCUAAUCACAAAAGUAUAGUGUGUAAUCAGAACAAUACAGUGUCUAAUAACCAAAUACGGCGUCUGAUUGUAACACAAUUGAUAUAAACAGAACAAUAAAGCAUCUAAUAAUAAUACAGCAAAUAAUUAUGUCUGAUCACAAAAGUACAGUGUCUAACCACAACACUACAGCGGCUAAUCCCCAAGCACAACAUUUAAUCCUUAUAUAGCAUCUAAUCACAAAAGUAUAGUGUUUAAUCAGAACAAUACAGUGUCUAUUAACCAAAUACAGCGUCUGAUUGUAACACAAUAAAUAUAAACAGAACAAUAAAGCAUCUAAUAAUAAUACAGCAUAAUAAUACAGCAAAUAAUUAUGUCUGAUCACAAAAGUACAGUGUCUAAUCACAACAAUUCAACAUCUAAUCCUAAUACAGUGUCUAAUCCCCAAGCAUAACAUGUAAUCCUAAUGUAGCAGCUAAUAAUCAAGGACAUCUAAUCCUAAUAUGGCGUCUAAUCACCAAAUACUGCAUUUAAUCACAAUAAUGCAGUGUCUAAUCUCCUAAUACCACAUCUAAUCUUACAACAGUGUCAAAACACCAAAAACAGCAUCUAAUCACCAAAUACAGGAUCUGAUUAUAAAACAGUAUAUAUAAUAUAAGCAUAACAAAGGCAAUGGCAGAUAAAUAAAUAUCAAUAACAGUAACUGUAACUGUCCUUUAAUAUCAUAAUGUCUUAUAUAUCGUGCCAAAACCCCAAUAUAGUGCCUUUAGAGGACUGGUAGUGUAAUGUAUGAAGUUUGUUAUUUUGCUUUUGACGUUAUAAAAUGGAGCAAAAAGGAGCCGGAAAGUAAACUUUUUAACGCAAACCAUCUGAUUUAGAAGAUAAUCAGAUGAAUAAUCAGUUUCAGAGAAACUAAGUCAAAAAUGAAAUCAUAUAUAUUAAAUCAUAUAAAAGCACAGUAUGACUGUGUAUGAGUACUCACAGUAUGAGUAAAUCGAUGAAGGGAAAUGAUCAGUUUAAACUUUUAAAAUGUAAUACUUGUUGAUUAACUUUAGUUUUUUGUUAUUUUGCUUAAUCCAAAAAUGCUGUUCACAGGUCAGACAGAAAUGAAAAUGUGAAAAUAUGUGCCUAAAAUGUGAUGUUUUAAUGCUUUUCUGAUCAAAGUGCAAAGUUCUCUGUGUGAAAUGUUACAGAGCAGUGGUUCUGUGAGUCUGUUCUGACCUGUGCAGCAAUGAUUUACACUGAGCAGCUUUAAGCUGAACACUGUUCAUUUGUUUGCUUUGUUUAAGAUGUUAAAUUGUUGUAUAACAAUGUUUCAAACAAUAAUAAAGACAUUAUUUUACGUUGCAUAAUAAAAUUUUAUAAAAUUCAAA